AACCUCCAGGGUGAAAGUCUUGUGUCUUACCAGGUUUUUUUUAAUAGAAUCUGCUUCGUCUGUUGAUUAUCUCAGUUGGAUUUCUGGUAGUCCUGAAGAAAGACUUCUUCCAUAUGCUAAAUACAGGUUAACCAUGGGGCCCCCCAAGUCACAUGACUUACAUUAACUCUCCUCACCACUUCUUUAAAAAAGGCAGCGAAAUUGAAAAGUAAGCUGAAGUGAAACUCGAGCUAGUUUUCUACCCGGUGUGUUUGAACUUGACUGGACUCAGUGCCCAGCACACACACACCUAUCAGUCUCCUGACAGAACCAGUGUUCAGAAUACCGUCCUCUUUCCUUUUAGGUUUUGAUUUUAAAGCCUGUGAUGUCAGACUCUGGUUUUUCAUGCCAGUCUCAACAGAAUAACAUCAGCACCAACCAGCUCUGUGAAGGAUGGGAGUGUUCGGAGGAUGAGGGGCGGAGGAUGAAGAGGAGAGAGAAGAACAGAGUUGCAGCUCAGAAGAGCCGCAAAAGACAAACUCAGAGAGCCGACCUGCUGCACGAGGCCUGUGAGCUGCUAGAGCAGAGGAACAGGAAGUUGAGGAGGGAGGUGGAUUCUCUGUCAGAGGAGCAGCACCUGCUGACCGAAGCUCUUAGAGCCCACGAGCCCUUCUGUCCCAUCAUGCACUGCUCCUUUGCCUCCUCCACCUCUUCCACCCUGCAGCCCGAGAACAUGGCAGCCCGUUCUGUUUGAGGCAGGGAACAAAGUUUCUGAAGACGAGUUAAACUUCUGAAUGUAUCUGAGAGUUGGUGUCUCUGUAAUGCUGCAGUGAACCUCUAGAGAGCGCUGUUCACCACGCUUAAACACAGUGACGAUGCAACAGGUUUGAGCUGCUGCUGAUCUCAAAUCCCGGUGAAGAGCGUCCUCUGGUGGUGUUGUUACAGAGCUGAUCAUGUUACUGAGAGCAGACCUGAGCUGCAGCAAAUACGAAGCUAUCAGUCGAAAAGCAACGUCAGUGUAAUAUUGUUGUCUUUGUUGUGAUCAGAAUAAAGUACUGACUCAUUUCUAU